AAAACAGGAGUUUGAAGCACGUGAUUUGUAUCAACCAAUGGCAGCGCUCACUAGAGCCUUAUGUCACGCUCGCGGACAAGCGCGUUCAGGUGCGGGUGCGAAACGCGGGUGCGGGUGCGCGUUCAGGUGCGGGUGUAGGCAAACACGAUAGCCACGCUUCUUACCGGUUGUGUCGAGCUGUCGCGGAUAGGUACUGCAGUCUUGCGUUAACGAUUCCGCGUUGGCAGCAUGCUUACCGGCACAGCGAAGCUCUCAGUAACUAAGAUUUUAUGGGGAACCACUCUGAUCGUAUUCCUUGUAUUUUUGUGGACGAUCUUAUCUGAAAAUUUGCUUCAGUUUAGUGAGGCAAACGAAUUGCAAACUGUGGAUCCAGCAUCCCCGUGUAAAGAUGGCUCGGUGGCGGACUGCGCUUUCUCUCCAAUCUCCCACCAAUUCAAAACCCAGCAAACGCAAAGUAAAUUGCACUCGGAUGAAGAUGUGAAGCCUCUAAGCGAGAAAUAUGGACAGGAAGCGACGGAGAAACAUGAACAUGUUUCUCGCGUGCUAUCUACGCUUAAAACGAUUACAGACGCGCGUGUCGCGAUGGAACAGAAGAAUGAAAGCAGAUCUACACGUUUAGAUGAUAUUUUUCUGUCCGUCAAGACAACGUAUAAGUUCCACGAGACACGUCUUCGUAUGAUUGUCGACACUUGGUUCAGAUUAGCGCCGCAUCAGACCUACUUCUUUACGGAUAAAGACGACCCAGAGUUCAUAAAAUUGACAGGUGAUUGUUUCGCUAUUGCAACAUCUAAGUCCGGUGCCCGCGUCUUUG